ACACAAACAGACACACACCUUCGUUGUUCCAGUCUGCUGGCUCGAACUACUACAGACAGAUAGGGAAGUCUCCACACGCGCAAGGCUGUCUGCAGUGCACUUGUUAUCACAACAGAGAUGAUUGAAACUUGACCUGGAUUUAUGACUGUGUGAGGAAUAACCUUCCCUGCAGGAGGUUUUGAAUCCAGAGCUACCGGAUCCCUUCUGUGCCAACACAGAGAGGAGAUUCAGCUACACUGGGGGGGGGUGGUUCAACUCCUCCACCAGCGCUUCUCGGAAGUAACAGCGGAAUACAAAAAACAGCCUCUGUUUACACAGACUCAUCGCCCUACCUCUUUUAUCCAUACUUCCCUCCUGGCUUCUAGUUAGCCUAUCUCACUCCUGUCCUCAGGGGAACCUUUAUCCCUUUAACAGCCUCCAUAACCUCAUCUCACCACCCAUCUAUUCAUCUCAUAAUGAACUCCUCUACCUCCAUUACGUCCCUAUUCUCCUUCACCAGCCCGGCAGUGAAGCGCCUGCUCGGCUGGAAACAAGGGGAUGAGGAGGAGAAGUGGGCGGAAAAGGCUGUGGAUUCUCUAGUGAAGAAACUAAAGAAGAAGAAGGGGGCAAUGGAGGAGCUGGAAAGAGCCCUCAGCUGUCCUGGGCAGCCUAGCAAGUGCGUGACGAUUCCUCGGUCUCUGGACGGGAGGUUGCAGGUGUCCCACAGGAAGGGACUGCCCCAUGUCAUCUACUGCCGCGUGUGGCGCUGGCCCGACCUGCAGUCCCACCACGAGCUGAAAGCCCUGGAGUGCUGCGAGUUCGCUUUCAGCUCCAAGCAGAAGGACAUCUGUGUCAACCCGUACCACUACAGGCGUGUGGAGACCCCAGUGCUGCCACCAGUUCUGGUGCCACGCCACAGCGAGUUCAACCCUCAACAUAGUUUACUGGCGAAGUUCAGGAACGCCUCCCUGCAUACCGAGCCUCUGAUGCCCCAGAACGCCACCUACCCAGACUCUUUCCCUGCGCUGCCCUGCCCCUCCUUCUCCUCCUCCCCUUCUUCCUCCCUCAUCCAGUCUCCCGCCUCACAGAGUUACCCCAACUCCCCCAACAGCUCUGCAGAGCCUGGCAGUCCGUAUCACAUCACAGCUGAGACUCCCCCGCCUCCGUACAGCAUGAUGGAGACGAGCCCUCAAGAGGAAGCGAAGACCAGCAACUCCACAGAAACCCUUAAACUCACAUUUUCUGCUCCGCACAGAGAUUUACGGCCCGUAUGUUACGAGGAACCGGAGUACUGGUGUUCAGUAGCUUACUACGAGCUCAACAACCGGGUCGGGGAGACUUUCCACGCGUCCUCCCGCAGCGUCUUGGUGGACGGCUUCACAGACCCAUCCAACAACAAGAACCGCUUCUGCCUCGGCCUGCUAUCCAAUGUCAACCGCAACUCCACCAUCGAACAUACACGCAGGCACAUAGGCAAAGGUUUACACCUGUACUAUGUGGGCGGCGAGGUGUAUGCAGAGUGUCUGAGCGACAGCAGUAUCUUUGUCCAGAGCCGUAACUGUAAUUUCCAGCACGGCUUCCACGCCACCACUGUGUGUAAGAUCCCCAGCGGCUGCAGCCUGAAGAUCUUCAACAACCAGCUGUUUGCCCAGCUCCUCGCCCAGUCUGUCAACCACGGCUUUGAGGUCGUCUAUGAGCUCACUAAGAUGUGCACCAUCCGCAUGAGCUUUGUUAAGGGCUGGGGUGCUGAAUACCAUCGUCAAGACGUGACCAGCACCCCCUGCUGGAUCGAGGUACAUCUGCACGGGCCCCUGCAGUGGCUGGACAAGGUGCUCACACAGAUGGGUUCCCCGCACAAUCCUAUUUCUUCAGUGUCAUAACGUACUGUUGCUCCUUCACACAGGUAGUCGUAUAUUCUGUAUGUUCCGCUGUGUCCAGGUUUUCUCUCCUGUGGUUCUUCUCUUGACCUCUCAAACUACAUUUUGAAAAUAUCGGGUCACCCACAGGUUUUGCCACAUCAUGCUGCAUGAACUGUGUGAGUGAUUGAACUCGUUUACAGCACAUGUAGUUAAAUUAUCAAGUGUUCCUUACCUUCAGUAAGACAGGUAAAGCAUUUAUCCUCUCUCGGUGUUCAUUUGGGAUGUUAACUGCAUUCUAAUACAAGUAAAACUGGGAGACAUUUGUAGGUACUCAAAGACUUAUUACAUGUUGUAAAUGUUAUCUUGGUUAUAUGUACUGUAUUUCUAUGUGUUGCCUAUUGUUUGACUUCAUGUACCGUUUGCUGUUGUUCCAUUAAAAGCUGUUUUCUU